AUGGUCGGUGCAAACGGUGACGGUGAGCUCAGUGCCAGCCAACGUGGCAGGCAGCUGCACCCGGUUUCGCAACUCCCUGAGGGGCAAGCUGCCUUGAACCGGGCAGGAACUACACCGCGUACUCGUUCCCGCUCACGUGAGUUUGAGCCGAAUGUGUCUGAUCCACCCGGAUUGUUACCCUCAGAGAGGCAAGCUGAAGAAGUGAAGAUCACGGAGAUCAAACGGCUGGUGGAGGAGGAGCUGAAGGGCUUUCUGCCCCCAGACGCUAUCAAGUGCAUCAAGAAGAGCUCUUUAGAGUUGGCCGCAAAGAUCCAGCAGCUCCAGAAGACUAAUGCCAGAAUCAGCAAACUAGAUGGCGAUCUCAAAGCUCUAGCUGAAGGACGUAUUCCGAAUGGCUCCAAGCCCUUCCCUGUCCCGUUUGAGACGCCUCUCUGGGACUCGGUGCGUCCCAGCGCUGAGUCCUUGGGGUGGACGGUGAACUUUCCUGAGGGCUCCACACUGAGAGCUUGCAGAGAGCAUCUCUACAGAGCGUUUCUGGAGAAAAUGCGAAGUUUUGACUUGAUCCCGGCACGUCAGCAGCGUGAAGAACUACGCUUGCUGAGCAAGAAGACAACUUUUGUGGACAGGUGUUUGCAAACAAGAUCAGCACGGUCAUCCCUCUGGCAAGAACUGGAUUUGGACGUUGAUGAAGACGAGGUUGACCUUCAGACCAUGUCGGAAACGUCGCUCACAGCGAAAGCCACAGUGAUCUACAAGCGCACAGUUGAAAAAGCGGCGUCUGCGUUGAAAGCCAAAAAGGAUUUACAGAUCCGGAAGGACCAGCAGAAGGACAAGAUGCUCAAUAGCCUGUUACAGACUUCGCCGCAGGAUUUUCUGAACCAGGCCAUUGACCAGCGCAUUGCCGUUUCCAAAGCCAAAGCAAAACCGGUGAGCAAGAAGCUGCCCAGAAAGCCCCCAGGGUUGAACGUUGAUGCUGCCGCAGCUUUUGUCUCCGCAGCCGCUGAUGCAAACAUGUCCAAGGAGUCCCUUGAAGCUUUUGUCCAAGAAAGUGCCCCCUCACGCUGGGGCUCUCAGGGCAAGUCCAGUGGUAAGGGCUCAGGCAUGACUACUUGGAAAGGCAAGGGCCCUCCAGGACACGCUGGCAAAGGAAAGAAGGGAGACUGGUAUGGCAAAGGCGUAGCCAACCCCAAAGGCAACCGCAACAAGUCGGGCAAAGGGCAUGGCGGCAAAUCUGGAGGAAAAGGCAAGAAUCAGGGAAAGCUGAACUCAGUUUUUCGCUUCGGCAGGAAGGGAAAAGGCAAAGGCGAAAGCGCUGGAAAGCAGCGAAAAGGAAAGAGCAAGGGCUUCCAGUGGGAUGCCUGA